CAGCGGCGCGGCUCCUCCGGGUCCCCUCCCUCCUCCGCUCCCCUUUCCUCCCCUUCCCCUCCGCCGUGGUUCCCGAGGAGUCCGAGACCUGCAACGAGGCGGCGACAAGCUCUGGGGUCAACUCACUAUCCAGAAAGUCCAUCCUCCCCAGAAGGGACAGAAAGGAAGACCUCUUUGUAAGAAAGGCUUGGGUGUCCCAUGAACCAGACAGCAGAAAACCGAUUGGGGUGCAGCAGGACUCCAGAGCCAGAUAUAAGGCUCAGAAAAGGGCACCAGCUGGAUGGUACAAGGAGAGGUGAUAAUGACAGCCACCAAGGAAAUUUGGAACCUGUUUUAGGGGCAUCUGUUCUUUCUUCCCACCAUAAAAAAAUCUCUGAGGAAUAUGAGUGCAAUGAUGUAGCUUCUCAGGAAGAUGAGGGGUUUAUGGGCAUGUCCCCUCUUUUACAAGCCCAUCAUGCUAUGGAAAGAAUGGAAGAAUUUGUUUGUAAGGUAUGGGAAGGUCGGUGGCGAGUAAUCCCUCAUGAUGUACUACCAGACUGGCUCAAGGAUAACGAUUUCCUUUUACAUGGACAUCGGCCCCCAAUGCCUUCUUUCCGGGCCUGUUUUAAGAGCAUUUUCAGAAUACACACAGAGACAGGUAACAUCUGGACACAUCUUUUAGGUUGUGUAUUCUUCCUGUGCCUGGGGAUCUUUUAUAUGUUUCGCCCAAACAUCUCCUUUGUGGCCCCUCUUCAAGAGAAGGUGGUCUUUGGAUUAUUCUUCUUGGGGGCCAUUCUCUGCCUUUCUUUUUCAUGGCUCUUCCACACGGUCUACUGCCACUCAGAAGGGGUCUCCCGGCUCUUCUCUAAACUGGAUUACUCUGGUAUCGCUCUUCUGAUUAUGGGAAGUUUUGUUCCAUGGCUUUAUUAUUCUUUCUACUGUAAUCCACAACCUUGCUUUAUCUACUUAAUUGUCAUCUGUGUGCUGGGCAUUGCGGCCAUUAUAGUUUCCCAAUGGGACAUGUUUGCUACCCCUCAGUAUCGAGGAGUAAGAGCAGGAGUAUUUUUGGGCCUUGGCCUGAGUGGAAUCAUUCCUACCUUGCACUAUGUCAUCUCGGAGGGAUUCCUAAAGGCCGCCACCAUAGGGCAGAUUGGCUGGCUGAUGCUGAUGGCCAGCCUCUAUAUCACAGGCGCCGCCCUCUAUGCUGCCCGCAUCCCUGAACGCUUUUUUCCUGGCAAGUGUGAUAUCUGGUUUCACUCUCAUCAGCUGUUUCACAUCUUUGUGGUUGCUGGCGCUUUUGUUCACUUCCAUGGCGUCUCAAACCUCCAGGAGUUCCGUUUCAUGAUUGGCGGAGGCUGCAGUGAAGAGGAUGCACUGUGACACCUUCCAGAAGCUGGGGACUGUGACCCUGAACAGGCCCUGCAGCGUCUGCAGGCCUCCCUUACUGGCCAUUGAUGCCAGUGCCAGAGGAGCCCCAAAACUUGGACAGCCUCGUGGGCUUUGUGAUGCCCCUGGGGCUCCACCUGGUACACGACUGAAAAGAGAAAAACAAAAAUAAAUCAUACCUCAAAGGAU